UGGACGUCUUCGCGCAAAAAAGAACCGUCAACAAAGCGCGGAGGUGCCAGUUGCGGACCGGACUCUUGAACCGCUGUACGGACUGCAGAGCGUCGGGAAAUCGUACUCGACGAGUUUCUGGUGGAAAAGGGUGGAGGCGUACUCAGUCGGACAAAUUUGCGGCAAUCCUUGGGCUAAUUUGGCUCUUCGAGAUGACCACAGGCGAUGAACCGGUUCUGGGACUUUGGCGCACGGAUUUGCUCCGCCAUUUGCUUUGGUCCGUAAGAGAGAAGCCGAAGUGGGUGGAUGAGACCGAUUCUCUGUCUAAAGAUGAGGCCGGUCGCGAGACUUUGGCGCCCUCAUGGUCUUGGUUUUCCUUCCCAUUUUCCAUGGGCUCGAUAUCUAACGAGCAUGUAAUCAUGGACAGCAAGAAGAACAUGCACAGCAUUGCUGCCGUGUUGGGCAUUGAUAUCACCUGGGAAGGCCAGGAGUAUGUCUCGUCGCUGAGAUAUGGCGAAAUUUUGAUUCGAGGUCAAGUGAGCGAAAUGGCGAACGGCGUAGAUCCUUUCUACGCCGACAUCCACCUGGAUUUGGGGCAGGUGAAAGACAAGACAUACCUAUUGCCAGCAGUCCUGUCUUGGACACCCUCCUGGUCCAAGAGGCCUAAGUGGGUUGAGAGUGUGUUUGGGUGGCAUCCAUUCAAGAAGUCGAAGGCCUUCGUCGAGUGCCUCGUCUUGGAGGAAACCAGUAGACGGAUAGGAACUGCCCGUGCUCGAGUUCGGUGCCGCGGAAAGAAGAUGAGAUUUGGCGAGAAAAAGUCUGUCAUUCUAGUAUGACUGGAGGGCUCGUGGUUGUAGGGUAGUCGUGGUAUUUAGUGUUUCCGUGACAUCAACGCCAUCGGCAAGGGAGGCGCGAAAAGUGAGCAAGUCUCGAGCAUCGGGCCAGCUUGCCAGCGCAAGAAGGUAGC